CAGAAAUGCAUUUUUUCUUCUUCAGAUUUCUAGAUUAUUAGCUACUGGAUCAAUCAAGAUCAGCUUAUGUUUAAUGUAUUACAUCGAGUACUUCUGUGUUCAGUCCAAUGGAAAUAGAUUGUGGCAACCAUGUGGCUGCAAGCCAGAGAUGGUAAAGAUGGAGUCCAGGCUAGUUUCUUGUUUUGGACUUUAGUGUGGAUGUCCAUCUGCUGUGGAGUUCAAAAGCAAACCUUCAUAGCUCAUUAAUCUUCACUGUUGAAUACAGCUUAUUCUUUAUAUAACCUUGCUUUAAUUAAUGGAAAGAACUCAUAAAAGAGUUUGCUAUUCAACUUGAAGGAGUUUUUUUAAGGUCUAUGUUAUAAAUAUGUUAUCUGUAUUGAUUUCUUUUUAUGAGUAACACUAAAUUAGUGAGCUUCUUCUAAAGAUGAGCUGAGUAAUAGUUUAAUUUAGUAUUCCUCCUGUAUACCCCUAAAUAUUGCUGAUACAUCUAAUACAAUAAAAAUACAUUCAAGUAGAAGGUUCCAGGUUUAUGAAGCAGUUAGAAGACUUGCUAUGUUAAAGACUGCUAUUAGACAGCAAACCUUGGAUAUUGACCUACUACAAAAAUGGUACAUGCAUUUAUCUCCCUUAGAAUUAUUUAGAAGAGAGAUGGAGUUUGUCAUCCUCUUAGGAGAAUAGAGAAUGCAGGGAAACAAUCUGUGCAAACAUAACUUUUUGUAUUGACAUCCCUCUGAAAACCCUGGCAGUGGAUAUUCUACAAAUUUUAUUUUUUUUUUUUUUGUCUACGAUAUUCAAGUUUAGUCAACUAGCAGGACAAUCCUCUUUGUUGACUAAAACUGAUGUCACAUUACAGUUGGUGAUAAUUGUUCACAUGACAUAGUAGUAACACUGUUUGGUGAGUGUUCGUGAGCGUUAACAAAUGAUUCUUCUAUUAUGUUGCCAAAUAAACUAAAGCAUUUGUUACAGGUUUUGUUACAGGUUUUAAUGUUUUUGCGAUAUGGAAAAGAGUAAUCUUUGAAGCUUGUCAAGUAAAAGUAUAUAUGGUCAAAGAAGAUGUUAAUUUUCCAGAGUUUAUAGACUUAAAAAGCUGCAUAUUGGACAUCAUGAGUUUGUCAUCUCCGGUCAGCUACACUGUCACGGAAGCUAAAUGCUUACAUAAUGCCAACUGUGAGUCACAGUUACUACAAAGUAGCAAUGAAUCAGAAUUGGAUGCUGCUGAAGAUCUGAGAAGGAAACUCUGUCAAGCUAAAAAAGAAAAAUUAGAUUUAACCAUUAAACACAAUCAAGAACUGUCCAACUGUGAAAGCCAGCUAGUGAAAUUACGGUCGGAAAUUGAGAAAGGAGAGGCUCUUCGACAAAGUCUGGAGUAUGAACUGGCAAUUGCCAGAAAAGAUGCUCGUCUGAAAACAUAUGCUGCAGAAGAGGAAUUAAGUGAUGCAAAAACCAAACUUGUGGAACUGCAAGUAUUGAAUGAAAAACUUCAGCAGAAAGUGGCAGAGAGUGAGAAAAUGUUUCAUAUUGCUCAGCAGAAGUGGAAAGAACAACAGCAAAGACUUGCAAGUGAGAAGGAUGAUAUCCGCAAAACUUGCAACAGUGAAUAUGAAUUGCUUCUUAAGGAAAGAACCAAACUAGAAAGUGUUUUGCAGGAGCAGAAUAACGCAUUGCAAAAUAUGUGCAAGAAAAUGAAAGAUAUGGAGGUGGAACACAAUGAUUGUACUGAGCUGCUGAGGCGCCAGGCCAACGAGCUUGAAUAUAGUGCUGAACGAGAGGAGCGACUUAAAAAAGAACUUGAAGUAGCUACAGUGAGAAUAAAAAAACUGGAAGAAAACAUUGAAGCAGAGAGAGCAGCACAUUUGGAAUCCAAAUUCAAUUCAGAGAUCAUCCAGUUAAGAAUUCGAGACCUUGAAGGAGCUUUGCAGGUGGAAAAAGCCAGCCAAGCAGAAGCUCUUUCGGAUUUAGAAAUGAUCAAGAAAGAGUUCAAAGACGUGGAAUAUGCAUAUGAGAGAGAAAAACACAAUGCACAAGAGAACUUGGAAAAACUCAAUGUAUUAGAAAGAGAGUGUUUCUCCACAAACAAGCAAAUGAAUGAGAAGAUUGAAGAAAAGAAGAAGGUAAUUAAAGACCUCUCUGAGAGGCUAGGGAAUAAUGAAAAAACCUGCAGAGAAUUACAGGAGGAACUUGCAAAGGCCAAGAAACACCAGGUCUUUCUAACAGAGACGUAUGAAAACAACAUGAGAGAGCUGGAGUUACUCUUGGACAGCUUUGCUAUGUCAGGCCAGCGGACAGCAGGCGCCUGUGAGGACAAAGAUAAACCUCCGAGCCUCUCUGUCCUUGAGACUUUGAGGUGUACCUUGACAGCUUACCAGAACAAGCUGGAAGAUAUGUCUAAUGAGCUUGGGAAAAUGAGGCCUUUGUGUGAAAAGAUGACAAAAGAACUUGAGAUAUCCAAAGAGAAAAUGUUUGCUUUAAGUCAAGACCUUAAGGAAGCUCAGGAUAACCUGGCUGAUGCCAAUAAAGAGUUAAAUCAUCUGCACACUGAGUGUGCAUACAGAGAGACUUUAAUGGGAACUUUAAAAAUGGAACUACAGAAUGUACGGCAAUGCUGGGAGAAGGAGAAAGUACAUGCCACAGAAUCUGAAAAUGAAAUCCAGAAGCUUACCAGGGCUUACCAGAAGGAUAUGGAGGACAAGCUAACCUUCCUCCAUAGCUUAUACCAGCGUUUGGUAGCAGGCUGUGUGCUUAUAAAACAACCAGAAGGCAUCCUGGAUAGAUUCUCUUGGUCUGAGCUUUGUGCAGUCUUGCAGGAGAAUGUUGAUGCCCUGAUCUUAGACCUCAGCAGGGCUAAUGAGAAGAUAUCUCACUUAGAAUAUGUUUGUAAGAACAAGUCUGAUACUAUGAAGGAGCUUCAGCAGAACCAGGAAGAUGCUUUUAGCAAAAUGGCUGAACAGAUGAAAGCACAGGAAAGCUGUUGGCAGAAACAAAAAAAGUAUCUGGAACAGCAGUACUCGGGUCUCCUUGGGGAAGUUCAUGCAAGGGCACAGGAAUACCAAGAAACAGCAGAGAAAAACAAGGAAAAAAUUUAUGUCCUUGAAAAAAGACAGGAGAAAUUGGCCCUUGAAAAUGUUUCUGUGAAAAAUAUGUUAAUGCAGGUUCAGAAGGAGCAUUCAGCUCUCCUGGCAGCCUGUGCACUAUUGGCAGGGGGCCCGUAUCCUCUCUAUAGCCGAUCUUGUGCUAUGUCUUCCCAAAGAGACCUUCUGCAGGAUCAGGUCAACAUUUAUGAAUUAGUGAACCAGGAGAUUAGGACCCUAGUUUAUGCUCUCUCUGAUGUAGCAGAAAACAAUCAAGAUGAAGCAAAAAUGAAAAAAAGAACAUUCAAAGGCCUGAUUCAUGUAUUCCGAAGAGGUGUGAUUGCAGUUUUGGCAGCUAACAGACUUAAAGUUUUAGCUCAGUCUUCUAAUUCCCUCUUCUCCUGGGUUAAUGGCUUCAAAGAAGGCAUUGGAAUUCUCGUUUGUAUCGGAGACUCCAAAGGCAAGCGUAAUCUGUCAAGUUGCGAAGAAGAACAAAUUCGCUGUGUUGAAGCACUCAGCUGGUUUACUAGUUCUAACCUCCUUGCUGCAAUAAUCAGUUCUGUCACUGAAUUACAGGAUGUUGUUAACAAAACAGAUCCAAAGCCCUGGCUUUCUGGACACUUAGUUGCAAGUGCAGCCAGGAACUCCUUUUCAAAACUUAUGGACAAGCUGAAUGUAAUAAUGGAGACUAUUCCACUAGACAGCAGCAGAAGUAUUACUCAUCUGGAGAAAGACUCUUUGGUACAGAGGCUGGCUCAUGGACUUCAUAAAAUAAAUACCCAGGCCUUGGAAGCUGGAUUGUGUGACAGACUGCCCGUUACGAAAAGCAUAGCAUCCUUGCAGAAGCAAAUAUUUGAAUUUACACAAAGACUUCAUACAGCAGAGGUGGAACGCCGUUCACUGCGCCUAAAACUUGCACAAUUCAAGUGGAAUUUCAGUGAGAUGAAAAAAGAAGCUGACAAAGCCCAGAGCCUGCAAGAGCAAUUAAAUAUGUUUAAGCAGUCUAAAUUGAUCACCCAUGAGAGAUUUGAAAGUGCAUGUGAAGAAUUAAAUAAUGCAUUACAUCGGGAGCAUCAGGCACAAGUCCUUUUGAAUGAACAGGCGCAACAGCUACAGGAGUUAAAUAAUAAACUAGAAUUGCACUCCAGUGAAGAAGCAGAUAAAAACCAUGUCUUAAGUGAAACUGUAAAGAGACUCUCUGAGGCAAAGAUGGAGCUGAGAAGAAAAGAUCAAUCUCUGCGUCAGCUCAAUAGACUUCUUGCCCAGCUGGAGCAGGACAAGCGUGGACUGAAAGAGAGCAUCCGUGAUGCAGAGAGUGCCCUCUGCAUGGCAGUGAAAGACAAAGAAUUGAUUAUUAGUCAUAUGAAAUCUGUGGAAGCCACUCUUCAUAAGGUCAGAGAUCAGACCUUGCUGUCACGGACUGCGGCAACCAGGAAUGACUUCACCCUGCAGCUACCCAAACUGCACCUAGAGACCUUUGCAGUGGAAAGGCUGAAGGGCAGGCCAGAGGUUGUAGCAUUUCAGGCCAUGAUUAAAAGUUUUAUGGAUAUCUACCAACUUGCAAGUUCCAGAAUUGACAUGUUAGUGAGAGAAGCAGCACCUCAUCAGCUUCAUGGUGCAGCCCUAAAGUCCAAGCUCCAAACAGCUUGUCUUCAUGAAAGUGAGAGCUUACAAUUGCUCUCGGCAGAGGCUGGUGCUUUGGAAAAGCAAGAUCUACAUUCUCACUUCACAGUUGCCAUGAAAUUCCAAAUGUCCAUGCUGUGCCGUUUAAUGGAAACCAUGAAGUUCCUAAAUGACCGCAGGGAGACAACCGAUGCCCCACCACCAGAGAAUUCAGUGCCAGCUAGCCGGCAAACUUUCCUCCACAGGAGACAACUGUCUCUGAUGCUGUAUCUCCUUUUAGUCUCUGCUUCUGGUAUGCUGACUGGAAGUCAGGUCAUGGGAGCACAAGGAUGGGUAUCAUCUCCACCCCUGGUCCCACAGCAGAUUUCUCAGCUGUCAGACCUCACCUCACUAGUCCAAGUGGAGGAGGAGUGGAUCUUCCGCAGGCCAAAGGGAGAUAAUGAGAGCGAUGAAGAAGGGUAG